CAGCGAGUAGCGGAGCUGUAUUCGCAACAGAUCCAAAGCAACGUUAGCUCCUCGUGAUCGAUCGAUUUUGAAGCAACAAGUGUAAGAUGAACCAGAGCGCCAUAGGUUCCCUGGUGCCGCGGCAGGCGCCGGGCAGCUACGGCCUGCCGUUCGUCUCGGCCAUCCGCGACCGCCUCGACUUCUACUACUUCCAGGGCGAGGCCAAGUACUUCGAGUCCCGCGUCGAGAAGCACGGCUCCACCGUCCUCCGCAUCAACGUCCCGCCGGGCCCCUUCAUGGCGCGCGACCCGCGCGUGGUCGCCGUGCUCGACGCCAAGAGCUUCCCAGUGCUCUUCGACGUCGACAAGGUCGAGAAGAAGAACCUCUUCACCGGCACCUACAUGCCCUCCACCUCACUCACCGGAGGCUUCCGCGUCUGCGCCUACCUCGACCCCUCCGAGCCCACCCACACCAAGGUCAAGCAGCUGCUCUUCUCCCUCCUCGCCUCGCGCAAGGACGCCGUCAUCCCGGCCUUCCGCUCCCACUUCUCCUCGCUCCUCGCCACCGUCGAGUCGCAGCUAGUUCUCAGCGGCAAGUCCAACUUCAACACGCUCAACGACUUCACCUCCUUCGAGUUCAUCGCUGACACCUACUUCGGCGUGCUCCCCUCCGCGUCAGAUCUCGGUACCACCGGCCCGGCCAAGGCCGCCAAGUGGCUCAUAUUCCAGCUCCACCCACUCGUCACGUUCGGCCUCCCCAUGAUCCUCGAGGAGCCGCUCCUCCACACCGUGCUUCUCCCGCCCAUCUUCGUCAGCGGCGACUACAAGGCGCUCUACAAGUACUUCUACGCCGCCGCGACCAAGGCGCUCGACAUGGCCGAGAGCCUCGGGCUGAACCGGGACGAGGCAUGCCAUAACCUUCUGUUCGCCACCGUGUUCAACAGCUACGGUGGCCUCAAGGUGAUGCUCCCGGGGUUCCUCGGGCGCAUCGCCGAGGCCGGAGAGAAGUUCCACCAGAGGCUGGCCGCGGAGGUACGCACCGCCGUAGCGGACGCCGGCGGCAAGGUGACGAUAGAGGCGCUGGAGAAAAUGGAGCUCACCAAGUCAGCGGUCUGGGAGGCGCUGCGCCUGGAGCCGCCCGUCAAGUUCCAGUAUGGCCGCGCCAAGGUCGACAUGAACAUCGAGAGCCAUGACGCGGUGUUCGCCGUGCAGAAGGGAGAGAUGCUGUUCGGGUACCAGCCAUGCGCCACCAAGGACCCCCGCGUGUUCGGCUCCACGGCGAGGGAGUUCGUCGGCGACCGGUUUGUCGGGGAGGGAAGCAAGCUGCUGCAGUACGUGUACUGGUCCAAUGGGAGGGAGACCGAGAGCCCCAGCGUGGACAACAAGCAGUGCCCCGGCAAGAAUCUGGUCGUGCUCGUCGGCAGGCUCCUGGUCGUCGAAUUGUUCCUCCGGUACGACACCUUUACCGCCGACGUCGGCGUCGACCUGCUCGGCCCCAAGGUUGAAUUCACCGGUGUCACCAAGGCCACAUCCGGUCCUGGGGCUGUUUAAAACCUGCACCGGCUAUGUAUGACAAGCGGAUCAACGGGUCGUCAACACAAAGUCUCAUACAUGGCAGAACGCGUCGUUGGGACUGGUUUGUUUGGUGUAGUGUAUCAGGCCAAGUGCUUGGAAAUUGGAGAGACUCUUGCUAUUAAGAAGGUGCUGCAGGAUAAGAGAUAUAAGAACAGAGAGCUGCAAACAAUGCAGUUACUUGACCAUCCAAAUGUAGUUGACCUAAAGCAUCACUUCUUUUCGACAACCGAGAGGGGUGAAGUGUACCUAAACCUUGUACUUGAAUAUGUGUCACCUACUGAAGUUGAGAAUAACAGUUGCAUAUAGAGCCUUUUUCUGUAUUUAAAAUUAUAGUUGACUUUUGCCUUGAUCAUGGUUUAUUUUUGUGUACAAUUUAACAAAAAAAUCGCAAGGAAUAUGAGGAAA